CGAUAUCACCAAUGUCAACAACCAUGUUGCCACCUGCCUCUGGAUCCUGUCUCUACAAUCUAUAUGGACCACAAGGAAAUUUUAGCACUCCAAACUACCCACAAAACUACGGCCACAAUGUCCAUUGUACUUGGCUUAUUACGACAUCACCAGGUUCUUACAUUUUCCUCCGCUUUGAUCAUUUCCAUCUGGAGGGUAGUCAUGGAAGUUGCCCUUACGACUACGUACGGAUAUAUGAUGGAAAUUCUUAUCAAAGCCUAACAAUGAGACGCUGCGAUUAUCAAGAUUCCUGGUGCAUUUACAGCCAAAGUAACAUCCUUUACGUACACUUCCAAACAGACGGUUCAGUUUCCUACCCUGGUUUCACUGCCUUUUAUGAAAAAGUCUCUAAGAGAUACGCAGUCUGCAAAGUCAAUUCAAGUAGCCAAUCUACCUCAUCUGCUACCAAUAUAUCACCUUCUCCAGCAACUUCCAUGUCUUCAACGGCGUCAGCCAUGCUACCGGCUCUUCCAGGAUCCUGUCUUUACAACUUAGGAGGCCAGUACGGAUAUUUCCACAGCCCAAAUUACCCAUCUAACUACGACCACCAACUUUAUUGUGUUUGGGUUAUUACUGUACCAAAUGGCUACUACAUAUACCUCCGCUUUGAUCAUUUUCAUCUGGAAGGUAGCUCUGGAAGUUGCCCUUACGACUACGUGCAGAUAUAUGACGGAACGUCUCACCAAAGCCUCACAAUAAAGCGCUGCGAUCAUCAAAACUCUUGGUGUGUUUACAGUCACAGCAACGUCCUUUAUGUAUAUUUUGUGACGGAUCAUUCUGUAUCCUACUCUGGUUUCACU